UUAGAUUCCUUUACAUUAAGUGAGGAGAGAAUGAAAACAGUGGCAGUUUCACACAUGAUGAAAUUUACUAAGCAGAAUUUCUUUUUUUUAGUUGGUGGAAUGAUGAUUUAUGUAGUUGAUAUUGUAGUGGACUUCUGGGUAGCUAGUAGAUAUUUUUGUCAAGGACAGUAUUCCUGGAGUAUAUUGAUUUUGUGUUUUAGAAGUCUUUCAUCAACAAUAACUCAGAUAUUUAGUUAUGAGUGGUUUAAAAACGACUGGGAAGGUACUGACACUGGGAAGCUGAAACUGGUUUUUCUAGUUCAUCUCUUUCAUUGUGGAAUUUUUAUAAGGUAUUGGUUUGCUUUGAAAUACGGCUGUCAAGCUGCAUUUAAACAAACAAGUAGCAGAGGUGCAUCAGAAGCAGACCCUUCCAACUUCAUUCAAAAACAAGCUAUUGAUGCAGUGACUGAUAUUAACAUGCUCAGGGUGUUCAAGACUUUUCUUGAGACCACACCACAACUUUUUCUUCAGAUUUACAUCCUCAUGGAACAUGGCAAAACACAUGUCUAUCAAUAUGCUGCCAUUAUGAUGUCUUUUUGUGGUAUCUCCUUAUCAAUGGUUGAUUAUCAGAUAUCACUACGAAAAUCUCUGCCUGACAAAGAUGAAUUUCGUGUGCUUUCCAAGUUCACGUAUCUCUUCUAUAAAUUGCUUACCAUCACUUCUUGGAUACUCAGUAUUUCAUUGAUCACUCUGUUCAGUGUCAGAAUUUCUGUAAUUGUGUUGAUAUUUCUUUGGAUCUGUGGCUUCACUUGGACUUUGAAACAGCAUACAACAUUUUGCAAGUCUAAGAAGAUGGAAUAUCUGUAUAGAACUGUAGUUGGAAUCAUCCUAAUUUUUUCAUUUUUUAACAUAAAGGGGAGAAGAACAAAAGUUCUCAUUUCUAUUUAUUAUGCUACUCACACUGUAGUGAGUCUAGGUAUUUUGUUUGUAUACAUGUUCUGGAAACCUUCCAUUAUCAAAGAAAUAUGUUUUACAAUUGUAAGCAUAUUAACUAUUUCGAGUCUGGUGUUAGGUAUUAUUUUUCUUGUUGUUUAUUACAGCCAUUUUCAUCCCACUACUUAUUGCACACCUCAGGCAUAUUCAGAUGAAAUUGAUGGAGUGGCAGGGCAAAAAGUUAGAGUGAAAACUGGUAGAUUUCAGAAUUUCUUAAUGCAAUGA